AUUUGACAGCGGUACUGCAGAGAGCUGACAGGAGCCUCUCCCGCUUCCUUCGUUUAAUUUAGUUUCCUUAACUCGUGUAUGAAAGAACGGUUAAAUGCAGUUCACUGACUGAAUGGAUUAUCCUCAUAAAAGAUCCCAUAACAGACUGCUGCUUAUGUUCUCCUCACCAUGGCGACAGUUGUGAUGGAGCAGAUUGGGAGGCUGUUUAUCAACGCACAGCAACUUCGUCAGAUUCCCCGUUUCCUGGAGUCUGCCUUCCCUACUUUGCCAUGUACUGUGAUGGUCAGUGAUGUGCCGUGGGUAUUCCGUGAGUCACACAUUUUCACAGGCUACAGGCCACCUGACCAGAACUGGCGCUACUACUUCCUAACUCUGUUCCAGAGGCAUAAUGAGUCUUUAAAUGUAUGGACACACCUGCUGGCCUCCCUCAUUGUCUUAGUCAAGUUUCAGGAGUUGUCUGAAACUGUGGACUUCCUGCGUGACCCUCACGCCCAGCCGCUUUUCAUCUUGCUUCUAGCUGCAUUCACCUACCUGGUGUGUAGUGCGCUGGCCCAUCUACUCUCAGCCAAGUCUGAGCUCUCCCACUACACUUUCUAUUUCUUGGACUAUGUGGGUGUAGCUCUAUAUCAAUAUGGCAGUGCCUUGGCCCAUUUCUACUAUGUUGUCGAAGAAGAGUGGCAUUCUCUAGUGCGAAGCUUAUUUUUGCCAGCUGCGGGCUUCCUGGCCUGGCUGUCUUGUACAGGCUGCUGCUACGGCAAAUAUGCCAGCCCGAGCAUGCCUAGGUUUGUUCACAAGCUAUUUCAGGUGGUGCCCUCGGGCCUGGCCUACUGUUUAGAUAUCAGUCCAGUGUUCCAUCGCAUCUAUAAAUGCUACAGCUCCGAGCAGGGCUGUGCAGACCAGGCAGUGAUCUACCACUGCUAUCAGGUCCUCUUCUUCUUGAUUAGUGCCUACUUUUUCUCGUACCCUCACCCGGAGCGCUGGUUCCCUGGAUGUUGCGACUUCAUCGGACAGGGCCAUCAGAUCUUCCACAUGUUCCUCGUACUCUGUACUCUAGUGCAGAUUGAAGCAGUGCGACUGGAUUAUAGUGAGAGAAGACAUCUCUACGAACGUCUCCAUGGUGACUCGACAGCUCACGAUGCUGUGGCUCUCUUUGUCUUCACAGUAUGUUGCAGUGCACUCACUGCCUUCUAUGUGCGCAAAUGUGUGAAGGCAUUUCUAGAAGAAAAGCAGGAGUAGAUGUUUUGGCAAGAUACGGGUCUGGGACAAGAUAACCAUGCUUGCAUAUGCUGGAAGGAUUGCACUGGUCUAUGACUGAAAUGACUAGUAUAAGGACCUACUUCUUUUUUUUUUGUGUAUUCAUUGUGUUUUUGUGUAUACAUUUUUUUUUUUUUUUUUUUCUGUGGCCUGCCAAACUGGUACCAUGCUUUAAAAUGGCAUUACACACAGACAGUAGCUCUAAAAAAAUAAAUAAAAAUGGACUGCCUGCUGAAAGGUUUUGUGCUCAUCAGCAUUUUUGCUGACAGGUUACUUUGCAUACAGGAACCACUGUAGAUAGUUUAGGUAGAUCAUCACUGGAUUUGUACAUACUUGCAUUGUGCCUCUAAAUCUGACCUAAUCUAGGUACAUAAAUACACAGAUGCAGAGUGCUGCUCUAAAUCGAUGUUACACAUCAGCAAACAUAAUUGGCAUGCCAUCAGACCAUUGCAAAGACCAAUGCAUUUGGAUGUCAGAGUAUUAAAUGCACAGGUCUUUUAGAUCAUGAAUGGGGGAAAAAAAAAAAAAAUGCAACCUGCAUACAGGAUAUCAUUUUGAAAGAUGGGCUGAUUAUUAUUUAAAUGUUUUAUUAUUAUUAUUAUUAUUAAAUGGAUUGAAUGCCCUCUCGACAGUGCUUUUUAAGAUUUGACAUAGUUUCAGCCUCAAUAGACUAAUGCAAAUCAGUGUCAAAAUGACUUCUGACUGGCCUUGCAGUGUGUCCUAUCUAUCCAGUGUCACUUUGAGGUUAGUUGAUUUGGUUAGGUUAUUGCAAAAUGCAAUCGAUCUGUAUUUUAUGAGUAUCAGUCAUGCACCGUCAGUGGACAUUCCCUUCCAUUUUUCAGUUACCAAUACCAGAGGAUGUUAUGUUAUUACUAGGAUAGUAGGCAGGAUGUAAUGUCAUGGGCUUGCAGUAUAGUCAGAUUUAAGAAAUUUGAAUUUAACUAACUGUAGUUGACUAACCAGAGUUUAGUGUUAUUAAUUUAACACAAAAAAGAGCACUUGUUCUACUCGUCAUUAUGACUUUUAAAUGUAUUAAAAGUAGUUCAAUGACAUCAAUAGCUUUUUGUUUUGUUUUACAUAACAUUUAAAUAUCUGCCAAAGAGGCUUUUGAGAAAAAAUGAAUAUGUCCACCAUGGAUAUGAUGUCUCCUUUCGUCAUGAAGAUCAUCCUUUUAUACACAAGGGCUAUACCUAUGGCCUAUACCUUUAAUCAUACCGAUACGAUUGCCUUUGUGUGUUCCAUAUGUGUAGUUUUCUACUGGCGGUUUAACACAGUCUGAGCAUCAAAUCUGUUAAAUGUAUUUUCCUAAUGUUCCUGACUACAUGCAUGCAUACUUAUGUGUGAAUAUGCGUACAGAUGCUUGUGAGUGUGUGUGCAUUUUUGAAUGUAUACUGUAUACCUAUGUAAGUUGGCUACUCGUGAGAAAGGAUAUGAAGGCUCUUAAUAGUCUGACCCUGUCUAGCCUUUUAUUGAGCCCGAUACAUGCACACCAAUACCUGAUUACUCUUUAAAAUCAGUUUUAAAAACUAGUAAAGGUUUUUGCACAAAAAAAAAAACCGUCAUAAUAUGCUAUUAAAUAAUCUUUUUCCA